UGGGAACGCCGCACAGUGCCAAGUCCCCGGCUCCAGCUCCCGACUCCCGGCUCUCGGUGCCCAAGCCCGGGCCGCAGCCAUGAACGGCGAGGAGCAGUACUACGCGGCCACGCAGCUUUACAAGGACCCAUGCGCGUUCCAGCGAGGCCCGGCGCCAGAGUUCAGCGCCAGCCCCCCUGCGUGCCUGUACAUGGGCCGCCAGCCCCCGCCGCCGCCGCCACCCCCGUUCCCCGGCGCCCUGGGCGCGCUGGAGCAGGGCAGCCCCCCGGACAUCUCCCCGUACGAGGUGCCCCCGCUCGCCGACGACCCCGCGGUGGCGCACCUCCACCACCACCUCCCGGCUCAGCUCGCGCUCCCCCAUCCGCCCUCCGGCCCCUUCCCGGAGGGAGCCGAGCCGGGCGUCCUGGAGGAACCCAACCGCGUCCAGCUGCCUUUCCCAUGGAUGAAGUCUACCAAAGCUCACGCAUGGAAAGGCCAGUGGACAGGCGGCGCCUACGCGGCGGAGCCGGAGGAGAACAAGCGGACGCGCACGGCCUACACGCGCGCACAGCUGCUAGAGCUGGAGAAGGAGUUCCUAUUCAACAAGUACAUCUCACGGCCGCGCCGGGUGGAGCUGGCUGUGAUGUUGAACUUGACCGAGAGACACAUCAAGAUCUGGUUCCAAAACCGCCGCAUGAAGUGGAAAAAGGAGGAGGACAAGAAGCGCGGCGGCGGGACAGCGGUCGCGGGUGGCGGGGUCGCGGAGCCCGAGCAGGACUGCGCCGUGACCUCCGGCGAGGAGCUUCUGGCGCUGCCGCCACCGCCGCCCCCCGGAGGUGCUGUGCCGCCCGCUGCCCCAGUUGCCGCCCGAGAGGGCCGCCUGCCACCUGGCCUUAGCGCGUCGCCACAGCCCUCCAGCGUCGCGCCUCGGCGGCCACAGGAACCACGGUGAGAGGCAGGAACUGCUCCUGGCUGAGCGGCUUCAACCACUCGCCGAGGAGGAGCAGAGGGCCUAGGAGGACCCCGGGCGUGGACCACCCGCCCUGGCAGUUGAAUGGGGCGGCAAUUGCGGGGCCCACCUUACCAAAGGGGAAAACCCACUCUCUCAGGCGCAUAUGCUAAUUAGGGCCCCGCGGGUAGAUGCUGGCAGGCCUUCCGAAAGAAAAAGAGCCGUUGGUUUCUGUAUUUGGCCCUCUUUUAGUGAUACAGGAUUGGCGUUGUCUGUGGCUGUUGCGCACAUCCCUGCCCGCCAACAGCGCUCCACCUUGGGACCUGUUUAGAGAAGCCGACUCUUCAAAGACAAUGGAAACUGUACCGUACACAUUGGAAGUCUCCCCAACACACAGCAGGAGAGCUGGACCGAAUGCCUUAAUCUGCCCAUAAACAAAGUCAUUCUUACUCGGGCGACCACUUUAAGUUUAGAAAUAACUGAAAGGAAAUGUUUGAGUUUUCAAAGAUCCCGUGAAAUUGAUGCCAGUGGAAUACAGUGAGUCCUCCUCUUCCUC